CCUACAUUCAGAAACGUGUAAAUAACGCAUAAGGUUGUCUGGAUCUUAAAGAAAAUAGAGGCAUUAGAAAAAAUGUAGCGUGUUUUCUCUGAUGACUAUAAUGUUUGACAUCCAAUAGCCGAUCGAUGAUUAAUAAAUCAAUGUGCUCUAAUCACAAAAUGUCACGAAGUGUCAUGAAAAUCGUCUUGAGCGUUGAGCAAACCGAAGGAGUCGGGGCACGUGUUCGUCGCAGUGUUGGGCGACAAGAGCUGACAAACCUUGAUCCUUUUCUUCUACUGGACGAGUUCAAGGUGAAAUCACCCGCAGGAUUUCCAGAUCAUCCACACAGAGGCUUUGAAACGGUAACCUACAUGAUGCGUGGCGCCAUGUCUCACGAAGAUUUCUGUGGACACAAAGGUGUCAUUGGUGCUGGCGACCUACAGUGGAUGACGGCUGGGCGGGGCAUUGUUCACUGUGAAGUGCCGAAAGGUAACGAAGAGUGUUACGGACUACAGUUGUGGGUCAACCUUUCUGCCAAAAACAAAAUGGUGACGCCAACAUAUCAAGAAUUGUUGGACAAGGAUAUACCUAAAGUCACAAAAGAUGGAGUCACUGCAAAAGUUAUAGCCGGAGAAUCAUAUGGAAUCAAGUCGCCUAUUUAUACACGAACACCGACAAUGUAUCUGGACGUUAAGCUGGAGCCAGGAGCCACUCUAAAUCAAGCAGUUCCAUCUGGAUGGACAGCAUUUGUUUACGUCAUCACCGGAACCGCAAUGUUUGGACCUCCAGACAACCCGAUUGAAGGAAAAGCUCACCACACUUUGGUACUGAGUUCAGAAGAAGAAAACCUGCAGGCAAAAAACCAGAGUUCAGAAAUGUGUCAGUUUGUGUUGGUUGGAGGAAAGCCACUAAAUGAGCCAGUAAUCCAAAAAGGUCCGUUUGUGAUGAACAGCGAGGAGGAGAUCACAGCAGCUUUCCAAGACUAUAAAUCUGGAAAGAAUGGAUUCGAAAAUGCUAAAACGUGGUCGUCCGAUUAUGUCAAAAGUAAAUCAUAAAUAGAUCUACAUGUGGCCAUGUUGCAUUAGGCAAUCAACAGUUGACAAAGCUUAAUACAUGUACAUGACAGACAUUAAAUAGAGAAGUCUUCUCUCAUAUCACGAUUAGUGUAUCAACUUUGCCUAUAUUGGUGGGGUUUUUUUGGGGGGGAUUUUGGUCGCACACAAGUCUGUAAAACAAAGACAGCCCUACCCAUACUACUUUUUUUUUUAAUUAGUUUUUUGUUUUGUUUUUGUUUAUCCAGGUACUGGGAGAGGCCAGUGUAGUAAUAUACAGAAUAUAUAGUAAUAUGCGGAAUAUGUAGUAAUAUGCGGAAUAUGUAGUAAUAUGCGGAAUAUGUUGUACGGUAAUCUGUUUCCCCAUUUUCACCAUUGUGAUUUUGUGUUUAGUAUGCACAUAAGUGUGAUAUAUUUGUUUAUCUCUCUAUAACUAUGUUUAUGCUAAUACUUGAGAAUAAUAUGACAUGGACAAUUUUCAUCAUAUUUUGUAGAAUACACUCAAUCAGUUUACUUUGUUUCCUUCAGUGUAAAUGUUGUCUUUUAUAUGUUUUAAUAUUUUUUUACCAACACACCAAAGAUGUUCUGUGGUACCUGAACUAUUAAUACUGGAAUAUUUGUGAUUAUAUUUAUCCAAGUCUUUAAUAGCAUAAAUUAUGGCACUUAAAAUAUUAUGAAUGAACUGUCUUUGACUUGGGAAUGCUGGUAAUGGUAGAGAUGUUUUUAACUACCUUAGGAAAUUAGACUUUUCUAUCUACUGUUUACAAGACACUCAUUUUCAGGAAAAUCAAAAAGCCUAUAUUAGAGCGCAGUGGGGAUAUGAAUGCUUUGUGAAUCCUUUUAGUAUUAAUUCAAGAGGGUUCCUGAGAGUGGACAGGGGUCUUCCCAGCACAUCCCAGACGUGCUCAAUGGGAUUCAGGUCAGGCGACCUUGAAGGCCAAUCCAUGACAUUGAUCCCCGUAUCAAGAUGGCCGUGUGGGGUCUGACGUUGUCAUGCUGAAAGAUCAGGCCUGGACCAUGAGCUGCCAUGAAAGGCACAAGUUCCUGGGCCAGCACCUGGUCGCAGUAUGCAGCAGCGCUGAGGUUGCCACGGAUGACAAUCUCCUCUAAAAAAGGCUAGACUUUAUUAAAAAAAAUUUUAUAUAUAUCUGUGGAACUACCGUAUCAUCUUGUAUUGAAAAAAUAUAUAUAUAAUUCGUGGAUAUAAAACUGAUUCUGAACAUUUAAUAACUCAUUGUUAUACAACCGUUGCAAUUGCCCACUGCAAUCGGCAAUGUUGUGGAGAUUGCCAUGGAGUUUUUAAUUCUCCAUGGCACAUUUUUACCUUAAACUAUAUUCAGGGUUUUUUCAAUGGCAUGUUUUUUUUGCCGUGGAUAUUUUCUUAAUUGCAGGGGUUAUACAAUGAACAGUACGUAAAAAAUGUAAAGUGUCUGAUCUCUAGCGUAAUUGAGCAGUACGCUGCUCUUCCAUUAGACAGAAACUAUCUUCUAAAUGCAGACCCCGAAUCUAUGUCUGAUGAUAAAUGAUCACGUUUUUAAAAUGCUUUUGUUAGAAAUUAGAGGAAUGACAAUCCAGUUUAGUUCAAAACUUAAAAAAGAAAAGGAAGACAAAAGAAAAGAAUUAGAAAACAGUAUUAAUUGCUAGAAGAAAAGAAAAAACAAGAAGAUAUGAUUCGAAGUGAAUAUAUGAAGGGACUAAUUUUAAGGAGUAGAGCUAGAUGGACAGAAGAUGGAGAAAAAACAUCUAAAUAUUUUUUAAAUCUAGAAAAAAGAAACAAUGUAAACAAAACAAUAACCAAACUCAUCACAGAAACUGAUAACAUUAUUAAUGAUUAAAAGCAAAUACUACAGGAAGCUAGAGAUUACUAUUCAAAAUUAUAUAAAUCACAAGAUGAGAACUUAAUAGAAAUUGAAUUAGAAGAUGUUUCUAAAAAUAUGAAUAUUCCUAAAGUAAAUAAAGAUAAAGAAACAGAAUCAAUAGAACAUAUAACUAUUAACACCAAACAAACUAAUAUAAUGUUAGUAUUUAAAAAUAUGAAAAAUAAUAAAUCUCCGGGACCCGAUAGAUUCACUUCAGAAUUUAAAAAAAAAAAUUGGAAAGAUUUAGGAAUUUUUUUAAUUAAAAGUAUUAAUUACUAGUAUUAAAAAAUAGGUGAACUUUCAAUAACUCAAAAACAAGGCAUUAUUACUAUUUUGCCUCAUGGAAAUAAACCUCGUGAAUUAAAAAAAAAA